CUAUGCUCUUUUGUUAUUCUUUUGCCAUUAAAGUUAAAAAGAACAUAAAGAUGGCAGCCUCCAUAAAAAAAUCCACUUUUAUACUUGAAAAAAUAACACUCGAUGACACCCAAAAAGAUCUAAGAAGAAUUCAGGAACAGAAUUUCACUCAGACCUUAUCAUUAGUAUUGCCAGGGGAAAAUGUUGUACCAAAUUUUGUGCUGGAAUCUCUUACAAAUCAAUUCACUUACAAACUACACAUGAUUCCAUUGUUUUGUCUAAUUGAAAUGCCAUUUGUUCAAGCCUUUGUCAAAAAAGGUGCAAUCAAUCUUAUGUCAAUUAACAGAAAACUGGACACAGAUGACAGUGUUGUCAUUACACCAAAUGGUGUAUUGUUACUAUCGUUAACUAAGGACACAUUUCAGCAGCUAGGUCUAGAAGCAGUAAAACAGACUCCAAUGCAACGUAAACAAGAUAUAUAUGUGGUGAAAAUAAAUUUACUACACAAAAGUUUCAGGCCAGGGAAGAAGGGUUACAACAGAACGUUAUGGUGUUUGAAAGACAGGCUGGAUCUAGUCAUGGACUGUUUAGUAUCAUGGGAACCUCAUGAUGAAAAAUUAUGUUCAAGUUCUGUUGGUGUUUACUUUGUUGACAAAUGUGACAAGGUGGAAAGAUUUGAUUUAAAACAAACAACACACCAAUACACCAGCUUACAGUGCCCCAAAGUAGACUCUAAUCAUCCGACUGGAUCUGAGAUAGGCUGCAACUUUAGAGACUUCUUUGAGUGGCUUGGUGCAAUAGCUUGUAAUAUUCCAACCAAUGAAAGUGUGGAUCCAUAUAUCUCCACAUGGGCAUGUCCAGAGCCGAACACUAAUAUACCUCGUUGCUGCUUAUUUCAAGCCACUGGCAUGAUAACUGCACAGGCAAUAGUUCGACUAUGGAAGGCUCUCAGACAUCAUACAGCACAGACUCACAACUACCCAGUGUGUUUGACUCUUCAUGGUUUUCCAGACUCUAUUAUGAAAAACAAGCAUGAGUUCAACAAUUUCUAUAUUGCUGGGGACAACCUUUAUACCUUUGUUUUGUUACCAGAGAAUUGUUGUUGGUUGUACAAGGCAUCAGUUUCUGUAAUGUCUCAACUACCCACCAUAGUGGUGGCUCUUCACAGGCCAGGACUGAUGUAGGGUGUAUGUGCAAACAGUGGUCGUCUCGAAUUGUUCGGUAUUCUCCUGUGUAGCCCA